AAUCAUGUUACGUAACCAGCUGGUUGUUGGCAAGAGCUCGAAGAAGUCCAUCGCGGAUGGGCACGUAAUAUUUACAUUUAAUUAAUAAAAAGUAAAAAUCUUCUCCAAACCCGGCAACAACAAUGGCACUUUUUCAAAUGAAGUGGCUGCGGCGUUGGGUGCGUCGCAACACAAACCCAAUACCAGAGGAUAGUGCAGAGCUUUGGAAGCGGCGUUUGAGUGUUGCGUAUGCGCUACUCGCCUGGAACGCAUUCGGUUUCGUUUGCUACAUGGCCUACACCGGGCGUAACGAUUGGGCCAAAUAUUAUGGUUAUAAAAGCGAAGAGGAGGCAAAGUUGUCACCUGCACAACAAUUUGCAACAAAGCUGAACGUCGACAGAGGAAAAAUUGUACGAUUCUCAGGAUUUACGCGCGUUGGAGAGGUGGAAUUCGAUAAUAAAUCUGAUAAAGUGGAAUAGCAUAAGCCUUGUUUUUUAUAUUAGAGGUAUUGUUUUGAAUUUGCAAAGUGGAUUAAUUGAAAAAUGCACUGCACGAUUCUCAUCGAA